AUGAAAACAGGAAUCAUGAAGCCACGAGAAACCAAACAGAGAAUGACUCAAUUAUUUACUUUAUCGCUUCCAGUGAGAAUAUCGACAUCAUCGCCUACAGUUGAUAUAGGCAGUACGGCCAACAUGACUUGCGAACUCGACCAUAUCCGUGGCUGGAGUACCAUAGAGAUCCUUAAAAAUUGUAGUAACACGGAGUUCAUCAUUGCCUCUUUACAAAAUAACCAGAGUGAAUCGAAUUUCACAAUAGAAAAACAUAUCAGUCUGUCAGAAAAAGAUUUUGCUUUGUCGUGGGCAAAACUAGUCUUACAUUUCAAGAACGUUACGUGCAGCGAUGCCUGUGGUCAAGGUGGUGAAAUUGAAUACAUGUGUGCAGUGAAAAUUGGAGACAGUUGGGUGACAGGAUCUGUGAAACUAGAAUUUCAAUUUACCGAUGACAAAGAUGGCGUUUUAUACCAUUGUGAAACAAGCUAUGAGAACGUAUCUAAAAGAUCUAAUGUGGAAACUAUUAAUGUGACAGAUCCAAUAUUAUAUUUCUCUGAUGAAAGCAAGACGGCAAUUGUCGGAAGCAGCAAGGUUAUACAGUGUAUCCUUACCUCAACGAUGAACAUGACAUAUAUUGUUAUCAGUAAAUAUAACAGUGAAAUCUGUAAUGUCAGUAGCACUGGCGUUGGGUCUUGUUCACGUAUUGGGUUUUCAGCAUAUGGAAUGUUUUCUCACGAUGAUACUAUAUUUAACACGACAGUGAAAUUCGAGAACGUAUCUUGUGACCACUACGGCACUUAUACAUGCAGAGCUGUUGGCACUGCAAUUUUCAAAACUUCAAUGGAAUUCCUAGUAAAAUCAAUACAAACUGUGCCGGAACUACGCCUGUCAACAACGCUUGUGGAAGACCAGAAAGCGGAAUGGGAAGAUCAGCUUAAAUGUACUGCCAAGUUAGGCUAUCCCGAAAAAAGAAGACGACUGGAGGUUCAAAUAAGGUUAAAGAGCUCCGACGUUUUUAAAGCAUACGACACAUUGAUAAAAGAAGGCGGGGACUGCAGGCAAAAUGCCUCGAUCUAUCUAAGACAAGCAGUGUUUAGAAAAGAACACAACGGCUCGACAAUUAGAUGUGUUAUUCUUGAUAACGAGGAUGAAGUGAUCGCAAACAGCACUGAAAAAGAAUUAAAGUUAUUGAAAAAUAUUUGUCAAGCUGAAGGUAAUAUAUUGUAUGACCUUCAUCCGUACAGCUGUCGACGAUACGUCGAGUGUGGUGGAGGACGUUUAUACGACCGUGAAUGUGCUGAAGGAUCGUGUGCUUCACUUGAUGAUCCUGAUUUUAUAUGUGGUAAAUAUGAUUGUAAUGGGUGCCGCUAGUACUGUUACAGAUAUGAACGAAACCUACUUUAUGUCGUGAAGUGACAAUAAUUUCGUCUCAGUAAAAGUGCAAAAGUAUAACACAUUGUUUUUACAGUUAACAUAAAGUGAAAAUUGGUCUGUUUGUAUCUGAAUAAGAUAAGAUAAUAUCAAUAGCAUAUAUUUAUGUUCGCCCUUUUUAACAUUCGUUCCGUUGAAAUUUGCUUGAAAAUCCAAAGAAAAGGUUAAAAGUUAUGACAACGUCGCUCAGUGAUAACAGGACACUGUUCCGAUAACACUCUCUUGUGAUCAAGGAGAAGAUUCCUCAGAUGCGAUUACAGUUAAUUCAACUGUUCGAGUUUGAAUGAAGUGGAUAAGAUACAACCAGAUAUUUGCAAUUCUGAAAAUGUUAACAAACGGAAAUUAUAUAUAUAUAAGAAAUUCCGAUUAUGAUCUGCAAAUGAACAUGAAAGUAAUUCCUUCCGUCUUCCAUUUCGCAUGAACCUCAGAAAAAAAGUUAAUUAUCUUAAAUCAUCAAGUAUUAAAAACGCACUGGGAGCAUUUAAAUACAUCUCAAUAUCUUAUUGCUUAGUUAUGAUCUGGACGCCAUUUUAUUUUAGCUUUGUGAAAUAACCUGAGUCACGACAUACUUGUGUGUUUUUGUUAAGGUAUUUUCAGUUUGCUUCAAAAUAUUUUGCAGAUGUACUCAGAAUCAUUAAAUGCUUUUUAUAUAACAAAUUUUACAUGCUCUAUAUUGUUUGCAUGAAUUAUUCCAUUGUUGUUUUAUAAUUUUCUUAUGUACUUUUAUUUAUUUUGUUAUGUACUACUUCUCAAACUUUAUUGUGAUAGAUAUAUUCUGUGUUACUGUAGUUUUCAAAAUAGCAUGGAAAUAGCUAUGUAACGUAUGUAUUUCUUCUCUUGAUUUGAGAAUUGUACAGUGAUGCCCUUAACUCCAAUCUUGCCUC